UUUUAAUGUGGACUUUUGAAAUGCCCAUUGCAUGUCAUAGUCUGUAUUUUGCAGAUAUCAGAUGGUCUGAUAAAAGUACAGAUUGCUCUGGGGAAUGUUGCAAGCAAGCGAGAGCGUGUCAAGACACUGUACAAGAAAAGUACGUAUUCAGAGGUUUAAUUAUUAGGGCAUUACAUUAAGGGCUUGAGUUUAGCCAAAUAGAUUACAUGCAUUUUUCAUAUAAGGAGUUGCAGAAAUGCACCAGGCAAGAAGCUGAUGUUAAAGGGACACUAUAGUCGCCAAAACAACUUAAGUUUAAUCAAGCCGUUUCUGUGAUUCGUUCAUGCCCCUGCAGUCUCACUGUUCAAUUCUCUGCCACUUACAAGUUAAAUCACUUUUGUUUCUGAUUUGUUUCAGUUUCUGUCCCAUUAAAUUUUGAGGGUUAACAGUAGCGACUGGUUAGAAAACAGUUGCUAAGUAGCAGUUAUCAGUUCCCAUAAAGAGUAAUGGGACAAGUUAGCAGCUACCUAACAACUGGCUUUUAUUUGUGUCCGCUGGUAAUUCCCUGUCACUACUGGAGAAAUGUUAUAAUUAAUAAACAGUGACAGUAGCGACAGGCAUUUAGCGAGUAGCGUUUGUCUAGGAAAAAAUGUUAAAAUAGAGCCCUUAGUCUUUUAGAGUCUCUAAUCUCCUCCAGUGUGGCUACUAACUGCUAUUAACAGAUGGCGUGUGUAGGCUUUCUUUAUCAUAUCUCGCCUAGCAAACUGCUACUGCAUUUUGUGUCUAUCCUGUUCCUAACUGUCCUUUUCCUUGUUAGUUGAUGACCUGAUGAAAUACUUGGACCCACAGUACAUAGACAGAAUCGCUGUUCCUGAUGCUAUGAAGCUAGAGUUCAUAUUAGCAGGUAUAUUUUUAAACUAUUUUAAGAUGAAGAAUUAUAAACAUUCUGUGAUAUACACUGUAUUGGGGUGUAGAGGGGUAUACAAUCAGAUAUACACUUUAUUACAGUUAAGAGAUGAUAUCCAGUGUUGUAGGCUGAUAAAGUUAUGUGCAAUGAUGUACAAUAUAUAAUGGUUAGAAAGGAGUGUGUGGUCUGGGAUAUAACUAAAUUAGGACGAGGAGGUGAUAUAUAGACUGGGAUAUACACUAUUUUAGGAUUAGGAAUUGAUGUACAGACUGAAAUAAACACUAUAUUAGGAUGAGGAGUUGAUAUACAGACUGGGAUAUACACUAUAUUAGGGUGAUGAUGUGAUAUUGGGAUUUAGACUAUACUAGGAUGAAAAGGUGAUAUACAGCCUGGGAUAUACACUAUAUUAGGGUGUGGAGGGUUUAUACAGACUGGGAUAUACACUAUAUUAGGAUGUGGAGUAGAUGUACAGACUGGGAUAUACACUAUAUUAGGAUGUGGAGUUGAUGUACAGACUGGGAUAUACACUAUAUUAGGAUGUGGAGUAGAUGUACAGACUGGGAUAUACACUAUAUUAGGAUGUGGAGUUGAUGUACAGACUGGGAUAUACACUAUAUUAGGAUGUGGAGUAGAUGUACAGACUGGGAUAUACACUAUAUUAGGAUGAGGAAUUGAUGUACAGACUGGAAUAUACACUAUAUUAGGAUGAGGAGUUGAUGUACAGACUGGGAUACCCACUAUAUUAGGAUGAGGAGGUGAUAUACAGACUGGGACAUACACUAUAUUAGGGUGAUCAUAAUUAUUAUUUAUAUAGCGCCAUCAGAUUCUGUAGCGCUGUACAAUGGGUAGACUAACAGACAUGUAAUUGUAACCAGACAACUGGACGUACAGGAACAGAGGGGGUGGAGGGCCCGGCUCAAUGAGCUUACAUUCUAGAGGGAGUGGGGCAUAGUGACACAAAGGGUAAAAGUAGGGGUACGAAGUAGGUUUUUAGAAAAGUAUUCACUGAGGGCUUAGUAGGUAACUUUGACAGUUGCAGGAGAGGAGUCAUGAAUGGUGGGGGUUAAAAACCUGCUAACAGUUUAAUUGAUAUGCUUUCUUGAAGAAAUUAGUUUUCAGUGAUUUUUUUUUUUGAAUGAGUGGAGACUGGGUGAAAGUCUUACGGAGAAGGGAAGGGAGUUCCACAGAAGAGGUGCAGCCCUGGAGAAAUCUUGGAGGCGAGCAUCUGAGGUGGGAGUACGGACAGAGGCAGAACGUUGGGGCCUUGAGGGGACAUACUUGUGUAUUAGGGAGGAUAGGUAGGUUGGAGCAGCAUUAUGUAGGGACUUGUAAGCAAGCUCCAGAAUUUUAAAUUGAGCCCUAUAUCUAACUGGAAGCCAAUGCGAGGAGGUGUGGGAGGUAUGAGCGGACAGGAAAAUGAGCCUCGCCGCCGCAUUCAUUAUAGAUUGCAGUGGUGCAAUCUGGGAACACGUAAGACCACUGAGAAGGGGAUUGCAGUAGUCAAGGCGAGAGAGAACAACAGCAUGGACCAGCACCUUAGCCGCAUCUGGCGUUAAAUAGGGGCGGAUGCGCGCCAUGUUUUUGAGAUGGUAGCAACAGGAUUUGGCGAUUGAUUGGACAUGAGGGGUGUAGGAGAGGUUGGAGUCAAAAAGAACACCCAGGCAGCGAGCCUGCGAGGUAGAGGUGAUGGUCGCGCCAUUGAUUUGGAGGGAGACAGACACGGGAGUAGUAACACUUGAGGGAGGAAAGACCAGAAGUUCUGUUUUGGACAGGUUGAGUUUAAGGAAGUGAGCAGCCAUCCAGUUGGAAAUCGAAGAGAGGCAGUCAGAGACAUGAGUCAAGAUGGGAUUAGAGAGAUCAGGAGAGGACAGGUAGAUUUGCGUGUCAUCUGCAUAGAAAUGAUAACGGAAGCCAAAGGGUUGAUGAGUUUACCAAGGGAGGCAGUGUAGAAAGAAAACAGUAGGGGACCAAGGACAGAACCUUGGGGACACCCACAGAGAGUGGUUGGGAGAAAGACGCAGAGUCAGAGAAAGAAACACUGAAAGAGUGCUGGGAGAGGUAGGAGGAGCACCAGGAGAUGUGAUAUUGGGAUUUAGACUAUACUACGAUGAGGAGAGGCUAUACUGACUAGAAUAUACGCUAUAUUAUGAUAAAGAUGUUAUAUACAGACACUAUAUUAGUAUGAGGAGGUUAUGUACACUACUUAGGAUGAGGAGGUGAUAUACAGUGAGGGAAAAAAGUGUUUGAUGCCCUGCUGAUUUUAAAAGUUUGCCCACUAACAAAGAAAUUAUCAGUCUAUAAUUUUAAUGGUAGGUAUAUUUUAAAAGUGAGAGACAGAAUAACAAAAAGAAAAUCCAGAAAAACGCAUGUCAAAAAAGUUAUAAAUUGAUUUGCAAGUCAAUGAGUGAAAUAAGUCCCUGUCCUAUUGUGUUUUACACCCCACUUCCUAAAGAAUGUAAGCUCGUUUGAGCAGGGUCCUUGUCAACCUAUUGUUCCUGUAAGUUUUUUGUAAUUGUCCUAUUUAUAGUUAAAUCCCCCCUCUCAUAAUAUUGUAAAGCGCCACGGAAUCUGUUGGCACAAUAUAAAUGGCAAUAAUAAUAAGUAUUUGACCCCUUCGGCUUAGUACGUGGUGACAAAACCCUUGUUGGCAAGCACAGAGGUCAGACGUUUCUUGUAGUUGGCCACCAGGUUUGCACACAUCUCAAGAGGGAUUUUGUCCCACUCUUCUUUGCAGAUCCUCUCCGAGUCAUUAAGGUUUUGAGGCUGACGUUUGACAACUCGAACCUUCAGCUCCCUCCACAGAUUUUCUAUGGGAUUAAUGACCUCUUCUUGAGCCACUCCUUUGUUGCCUUGGCUGUGUGUUUUGAGCCAUUGUCAUGCUGGAAUACCCAUCCAUGACCCAUUUUCAAUGCCCUGGCUGAAGGAAGGAGGUUCUCACACAAGAUUUGACGGUACAUUGCUCAAUCCAUCGUCCCUUUGAUGCGGUGCAGUUGUCCUGUCCCCUUAGCAGAAAAACACCCCCAAAGCAUAAUGUUUCCACCUCCAUGUUUGACAGUGGGGAUGGUGUUCUUGGGGUCAAAGGCAGCAUUCCUCCCCCUCCAAGACAGCGAGUUGAUGCCAAAGAACUUGAUUUUGGUCUCAUCUGACCACAACACUUUCACCCAGAAUCAUUCAGAUGCUCAUUGUCAAACUUCAGACGCGCCUGUACAUGUGCUUUCUUGAGCAGGGGGACCUUCCGGGCGCUGCAGGAUUUCAGUCCUUCACGGCGUAGUGUGUUACCAAUUGUUUUCUUGGUGACUUUGGUCCUAGCUGCCUUGAGAUUAUUAACAAGAUCCUCCCAUGUAGGAGGCUGAUUCCUCACCGUUCUCAUGAUCACUGAAACUCCACGAGGUGUGUUCUUGCAUGGAGCACCAGACCGAGGGAGACUGACAGUUAUUUUGUGUUUCUUCCAUUUGUGAAUAAACGCACCAGCUGUUGUCGCCUUCUCACCAAGCUGCUUGGCGAUGGUCUUGUAGCCAAUUCCAGCCUUGUGUAGACCUACAAUCUUGUCCCUGACAUCAUUGGACAGCUCUUGGCCAUGGUGGAGAGUUUGGAAUCUGAUUGAUUGCUUCUGUGGACAGAUGUCUUUUAUACAGGUAACUAGCUUCAGAUUAGGAGCACUCCCUUUAAGAAAGUGCUCCUAAUCUCAGCUCGUUACCUGUAUAAAAGACACCUAAGAGCCAGAAAUCUUGCUGAUUGAUAGUGGAUCAAAUACGUAUUUCACUCGUUGAUAUUCAAAUUAAUUUAUAACUUUUUGUGGAUUUUUUUUUGUUAUUCUGUCUCUCACUGUUAAAUUACACCUACCAUUAAAAUUAUAGACUGAUCAUUUCUUUGUCAGUGGACAAACAUUCAAAAUUAGUAGGGGAUCAAAUACUUUUUUCAUUCACUGUACACACUAGAAUCUACACUAUAUUAGGAUGACUGUGUGAUAUACACUAUAUUAGGACGAGUUGGUUAAUUCAUUCCGUUAAGGAAUAAUGAUCUUAUGAAAUUUGGAAUUUAACUAAAUUAUUAGGACUAAAUUUGGUUAUUUCAAAUCAAUCAUUUCUGAAUUUUGGACACACCGUCAUCUGAAAACUAACUAAUCGAAACAACAUUAACUUUUCUCCCCUGCACAUCCCUAGUGGUUAUAGUGCCUCUUUAUUGUAUUCCUUGUGUUACAGAGGAACAAUACAUCAUAUCCCAAACAUCCCUCUUGGAACAGCUACACAACCUGCAGCCAUAUCUGGACAGUGAGCACGUCAAAGGUAAGCCACCACCUAUACAGUAACUAUAAAAUUUACAGAACAAGAGCUGACAAUCUAGUGGGGAGUGAGUAUUUGAGACAAUGCCGUGUUUGUUCUCCCCAUAUUGCAGUUCACUUGCAGCACCUAUUACGCUGUGAAAAUCACAGUGAGAAGCGCAGAAGCGCCUCUAGCGGCUCUCAAUGAGACAGCCACUAGAGGCUGGAUUAACCCAUAUGUAAACAUAGCAGUUUCUCUGAAACUGCUAUGUUUACAGCAGGCAGGGUUAACCCUAGAGGGACCUGGCACCCAGACCACUUCAUUGAGCUGAAGUAGUCCUUUAAGGGCGCCUUGAACCUAUAAAGUUUGGGAACCACUGACCUAGACACUAUUUUGUGACGUUACAGUGCUGUAAAAGAGACUUUAGAUUUUUAAGUGUGAAUUUUCAUAGACGGUUUUGAUGGGUCCAUGUUUUAUUUUGAAAUAUUUUAGCAGGCUGCCUAUUCCAACUACCCCAAAAAGGCAUAGUAUUUCUUAAAGAAGACACCCUAUAGGAUAUUUCAAAAGGCAUUUUGUUUUUUUGUCUUUUUGAGACACACAAUGAGUUUGUACUGUAUAUUUUGCAAACCUUAUUUGUGCUACGGCUUUAUAAGACUUCAUAUGUUGCUCAUGAGUACAUCAAUACCUCCUUAUGUACCUUUGCCAGGUGUAUGUGGACAUUGGAGGGCCACAUUUGAGACACCGCCAUUGCAGUUUUUUUUCAAACUUUAAAUUUUUACACUGUGUUCAUGUCCCAUUUUGGAGUAUUUUAGCAGGCUACAUAUUUCAAAUACCCCAUAAAGGCAUACAAUUUCGUAUAGGAGACAUCCCAGGGUAAUUCGAAAGACAUAUUUUGAACCUUGGUGUGAAAUCAUUUUUCCGCUAGCUUGUACCAAGUGCAGUGGUAAUAAGCAUUUUUAUCUACUUUUUUUGAUACACACAGUGGGGUUUGUACUGUAUAUUUUGCAAACCAUAUUUGUGCUACGGCAGUUUAAUACCUCAUAUGUUGCUCAGCUAUGUCAUCUGAGUACAGCAAUACCCCCGUAUGUAUCUUUACAAUGUAUAUGACGACAUUGAAAGGACACAUUUGAGACACAGCCAUUUAAGUUAGAAUUUUUUUAGCAGGUUGUAUUUUUUCAAUUACUUCACAAGGGCAUUCCAUUUCCUAAAGAAGACACCACAAGGUGUUUCAAAAGGCAUAUUUUGAACCUUAGCGUGGUAUAAUUUUUUUGCUGAGAAGUGUAGAGGUAAUAUGCAUUUUUCCCCUUUUUAAACAUUUUUUUUAAACUUUUUUAAAAGUUAAACUUUUAACAACUCUUUUUUUUAGCUUUUAACAACUUUAUUUUUACUAUUUUAACUUUGUUUAAACUUUUUUAAACUUUUUUUUACUGUUAACCCCUAACUAGCCUAAUCUAACAGUAAAUCCCCCAAUUUCCACACUAACUUCUACCCACCCUAGCUUAAUAAAUACAUAUUUGACAAAUAUUUAACUAGCUAAAUAAAUUGAACCUCUGAGGGUUCAAAAAAAAAAGAAAAAAGGUUAACCCUCAGGGGUUCAAAAAAAAAAAAAAAAAUCAGAUCACAGUGAAAAACUGUGAUCUGAGGACAGGGAAUGGUUUGCAUUUUAUUUUUAACACUUUUUUUUCAUAGUGUGAGACAGAUCAGCAUCGAUUUGUCUCCCUGCACUUAACAGCUCACACGGAGGUGCAGGGAGGCAGAUCGGGUUUCACUGCAGCAAGUAUGAUCGCAUGGGCUGUGAAAGUGAAACUGCUUUCUGUAGUGUGCCUCAGACACGGAGGCACACUACAGGAACAUUAAUCCCACGAUUGUGGCAAUCUGGGGUUAAUUUUAGUAUUGGACGGAAAUUUUCCGUCCUGCAUCCUUAAGGGGAGGACUGCAAUGGUGGAAAAUUUCUGUCCAGAGUCCUUAAGGGGUUAAUGAUAAAUACUGACCAGGCACAACAUUAAGCCCACUGACAGGUGACGUGAAUAACAUUGAUUAUAUCAUUACAAUGGCACCUGUCAAUGGGUGGGAUAUAUUAGGCAGCAAGUUCUUGAAUUUCAUGUAUUGGAAGAAGCAAAAUGGGCAAGUGAAAAGAGCUGAGUGGCUUUGACAACAUAACUGGGUCAGAGCAUCUCCAAAGCGGCAAAUCUUACCUACCAGAAAGUGGUGCAAGGAAGGACAACCGGUGAACACAGACCAGUUACUGUAGCUGAAAAACGUAAUGGUGGCCAUGAUAGAAAGGUGUCAGAACACACAGGGCAUCGCAGUUUGCUGUGAGUGUUCAUGAUGACUCUUGUCCAUUGCUGAAAGUGCCUUCAAUAGGGACACAAGCAUUACGACUAGACCAUGGAAGAAGGUGGGGAGAAGGAGGAGGAGGAGAAAUAAAUAACUGCUGCUUGUUGCUCUGUGUUGUGAAAAGUAAUCUGUAAUGUGUCAAUAUUUUAACUUUUUUAUCUAUAUAUAUAUAUAUAUAUUUGUACAGCUGUGACAGGCCAGGCCUCCAGAUUGCAAGCUCUGACGCAGGUCCACAUAAAACAGCAGGUAAACUUAAAGUAAAUGUUAGUGUGUAAUAUUGACAAAUCAAGUUUUUAAACAAUUAAAAUGUUUUCUUUUUCUAUUUAGAACUGACUGCUGGCUAAUAAUAAUGGGAAUUGUAGUUGCAGAACAGGUUAAUACUCUGUACUGUUUGAUUUCAGGAUCAGUCUGAGGCGAUAACUGUAGAAACCAAGAAACUCCUUGAGGACUACAACAAACUGGUAUCCUUUGUAGUACAUGCCAAGUAUUAGGUGUUAACAAAACACUAGUUGAACAUGAAGAAUCACCAGGAAAAAAUAAAUGGUAAUUUCUCUGAUAUAAUGAUUAACGUCUUUCUGAAGCCAGGUCAUUUUAUAGUGACUGAAUAAAAGGCUCUUAACAUUGAUUGAAGACUAUAGAACUACCUUAUUCAUUUACUGUAAGUGGAUUGUAAAUGGAGAUCCCUUCCCCAACCAACUUUGGUGCUCAUUGUGUUAGCAGUUUCUCUGAUAGUGACAGAUCGUCAUUCCCUCACCCCAGGUAAAUAACACGAGGCGUGUAGUGGAGCUAAAUAAACAUUGUGUUAGCAGUUUCUCUGAUAGUGACAGAUCUUCAUUCCCUCACCCCAGGUAAAUAACACGAGGCGUGUAGUGGAGCUAAAUAAACAUUGUGUUAGCUGGAGGGAAAAUGUUUCAUAAAACUGGUAACACAUCCUGUUGCAUUACUAUAAGCUUUAUGUUCUGAUGAGGAUUUGGAUUAGCUCUGAUGUUCUGUAGUAUGCUCCUUAUAAAACCAUUAAAAUAGAGAAUAAAAAAAAACCUAGAAUGUAAUAAAACUUUAGGAAGAGACAUGUACUUUUAUGGAAGAAUAAGAUAUAAGCAGCCGAACCUACCUUAUGAAUGAAAGUUUUGAUUGAAAGAAAGAACCCCCUGUUUUAUCAGAGGAGACAACAAUUGGUCAACUGGGUUGAUGUUCCAGGAGGGAUAAGCCAAAUGUUUAAUGAUUUAGGUAAACUAGAAAAAUGGUCAGAGUUGUGGCAACUGACAUUUAAUGUGGAUAAGCGCAAGAUAAUGCAUCUUGGACGUAAAAACCCAAGGGUACAGAAUAUUUGAGUCCUAACCUCAACAUCUGAGGAAAGGGAUUUAGGGGUGAUUAUUUCUGAUGACUUAAAGGACCACUCUAGGCACCCAGACCACUUCAGCUUAAUGAAGUGGUCUGGGUGCCAGUUCCAGCUAGGGUUAACCCAUUUUUUUAUAAACAUAGCAGUUUCAGAGAAACUGCUAUGUUUAUGAAUGGGUUAAGCCUUCCCCCAUUCCCUCUAGCGGCUGUCUCAUUGACAGCCGCUAGAGGCGCUUGCGUGCUUCUCACUGUGAUUUUCACAGUGAGAGCACGCCAGCGUCAAUAGGAAAGCAUUGAUAAUGCUUUCCUAUGCGACCGGCUGAAUGCGCGCGCAGCUCUUGCCGUGCGUGCGCAUUCACCCGACGGGGAGGAGAGAAGGAGGAUCGGAGUAGGAGAGCUCCCCGCCCAGCACUGGAAAAAGGUAAGUUUUUACCCCUUUCCCCCUUCCAGAGCCGGGCGGGAGGGGGACCCUGAGGGUGGUGGCACCCUCAGGGCACUAUAGUGCCAGGAAAACAGUAUGUGAGUACGUAGUCCUUUAAAGGUAGGCAGACAAUGUAAUAGAGCAACAGGAAAUGCUAGCAGAAUGCUUGGUUGUAUAGGGAGAGGUAUUAGCAGUAGAAAGAGGGAAGUGCUCAUGCCAUUGUACAGAACACUGGUGAGACCUCACUUGGAGUAUUGUACGCAGUACUGGAGACCGUAUCUUCAGAAGGAUAUUGAUACUUUAGAGAGGGUUCAGAGAAGGACUACUAAAACUGGUUCAUGGAUUGCAGGAUAAAACUUACAGGAAAGGUUAAAGGAUCUUAACAUGUAUAGCUUGGAGGAAGGACGAGACAGGGGGGAUAUGAUAGAAACAUUUAAAUAUAUAAAGGGAAUCAACACAGUAAAGGAGGAGACUAUAUUUAAAAGAAGAAAAACUACCACAACAAGAGGACAUAGUCUUAAAUUAGAGGGACAAAGGUUUAAAAAUAAUAUCAGGAAGUAUUACUUUACUGAGAGGGUAGUGGAUGCAUGGAAUAGCCUUCCAGCUGAAGUGGUUGAGGUUAACACAGUAAAGGAGUUUCUGCAUGCGUGGGAUAGGCAUAAGGCUAGGGACUAAUGAAAGUAUUUAGAAAAUUGGGCAGACUAGAUGGGCCGAAUGGUUCUUAUAUGCCAUCACAUUCUAUGUUUCUAUUUCUUCGCUUGCACCCAUUGUGUGGUAUUUAAGCAGUGUCUCCAUGACCCCUUUGUGACCAGGUGGACUCCCCUAUAUGUGAGUAGCAAUGUGAGACACGGAACCACUAAGGGCACUGGGUGCUCUCUAGUGUUUAGGCUAUACUAUAUCUCUACCACCCCAAUGUGCAUCCUGUGGGCACAGAGUUUGAACCUGUAAUGGCUUCUCUUUACAUUGUGUUUCAAGUGCUUUGUAAUGCAGUGUGGACUGGCUAAUGUGCACAUGUUAGUAAAGGACUAUAAUUUAGUUAAGCUAUUGUAGUGAUGGAUUGACUGCAGUCAGACAUGAGGAUGGUUUAUUUUCUAGAUACCUUUGCAUGUCAAAAUUGCUGAUAACGUUGCUUAAUGUAUUAUGUUCAGGAGUUUAUUUAGUGACCUUUCUGCAUUUAUUUUUUUUGCAUAAACAUAUCUGCUUCCACUUAGUGUCUGCGUGCCGAGUCAGAGUAACAGAUUAGUCAUUACAAGGACUGAGCGUUUGUAUACAGAGGUCAGUCCGAAGCAUGGUUGGCUGUUUCCGUUGGAUAUUAAGUAACGUGCAUACUCUGAGAAUUGUUCCUUGACUAGAUUCUUUAGACUGUUCUUCUGUCCAAGCAGUUUGUCCUUUGGGAUGAAACAUUGUCACAGCUCGAAGCAGCAAAGGAAGCGAAGCUGAUCUCCGAGUGACACAGAACUACACACUCAUUGUUAGCCUCCCAUGUUAUUCUCAUUCUGAUGCUUAUUUGGCUGGAAUCCCUAUCAAUAUACUGCUUCCCCUUACACAAUAUACCUCUAUUUAUUUUGUUCUUUGUUUGUUAAAACAAAGAAAUAAUCCCUUGUAUGGUGGAUGAAUGCUUAACGUUACAUGCUCAGCAAACCACAGUCCAGCAUUAACAUGUUUGUGGAAAUUCCUAUCCAGAUACACCACAUAGUAAACUGCCAACAAUCUGAGUAAAAGCAGAUCUCCCUCAAACAGUAAUCGAGGGGUACACCUUCCCUCCUCCCUCCCCGCCGCCCCAACUAAAAUACUGUGUGUAUUGUUCAGACACUUAUUUAGUUUGUCUGAAUACAGAACCCUUUAUGUAUAGGCUGCUAGAUGUUGGUAACUAUUUAUAUGCCAGGCACAAUAACGGCUCUACCUGACCCGCACACAUUCCAUUAAUAUUAUUAAUCAGACAGGAGACAGAGCAGCAAGGGUCAAGUGAUCACUGUAACAGGGCUGUGAUUCUGGGGUGCCAGGCUUACCCUGGCAAAGCUGCUGAACAUUAAUGGGCAGCCAAAGAACAUCAGUAUAUUAUGACUUAAUGACAAACAGAUAAGAGUUGUAGUCAUAAUCAGCUGGAGUGCUAAAGGCUCCACGUCUAUAAUUUAUAGCUUUUAUCAGCCUCACUUUGUAUUAGAUCACUGGGUGUUUAAUAAUUAUCCAUGUAUUUGUCUUUUAUUAAACUUUUAUUUGCUGAAUGUAUUAAUUGAAGAAAGAUGUUUAUUAGAUUCUAUAACCAACGUAUGGUGUAAGCAGCAUCACUUUGUGAUAGGUCUUAUAUGACAUGUUCAUUGAUUUUAAUGGAGGAUUUCUGUGCAUUAUGUUCUAAUCUGGGUAUUUGUUUCAGCAGUUAAAUGGACUUUAAGCCAAUGGUUUGGUUCGGUAACAAGCACUUAACGUACCUCUGACACAUUCAUUGAAAUUCGUGCUAAAUCCCAAAUCCCAACAUCCUAACAUAAUUUUAGCUUAAUUAAGCAGUUUUAGUGUAUAGAUCAUUCCCCUGCAAUUUCACUGCUCAAUUCACUGUCAUUUAGGACACAGUAGGUCUGUGGAGAACAUUCUCGCUAAACUCUCCAUAGACCUUAGUGUUGGACAAGAUGGCAUACCUUGGGAUAUCUUCUGGUAAGUAUAUCUCCCUUUAGGUUUUUUACAAAAAGCAGGUAUGUCAGCUUUAGAGAUCUUUGCAAAAUAUACAAUGCCCCCCAAAGCUGACAUAGCUGCCUUAAAGAUUGUAUGCAUGUUCGUCUAAAUAACGGUUUUAUGUCUAAGACAAAUAAUGUGAGAAGGCGCUGGGAGUAAGGCAGUCACCAUGAAAACGAAUGAUAUUUUACAGCUUAAUGCAUCAGUUUUGUUAUAUUGGACAAGAAUUGCUCAUCUCGAGCAAGCGACGGGUACUCAUAAUGUUCAUGCAGAUUUAUAGGAAUUUGCUAAUUCUCAAGGUCAAAAAUUUGGAGUCAGCCCAAGCAAAUUCUGCACUCAUGUUACAAUUAUUUUAGUCUCACAAUUUGUGCUAUUUUAUAUAAUAUGGUAUACCAUCGUCACUUUUGCAUUUGGCUGUUUCACUGUGAGGGGCUGAUGAGUAGAUCUACAGUUCUCAAGAUCCACCAACAGUCCAGGAUUUGUCGUCAUCUCCACCGGAAUAAAACAGGG